AUGCUUGUUGCCAACUUCACAACUAAGAGAAUCUUCAUCAACAACGGCAACUCCGCGGACAUUCUCUUUUGGGAUGCUUUCACCCAGAUGGAGAUUGGUCCCGCCCGAAAGUUGAAAGGGUUUUCGGGGGACAUGGUUCAACCAGUGGGAACCAUCACCCUAUCAAUCCUGGCCGGCAAAGCCCCUCACACGGCCUUGACGAUUGCCAACUUCAUAGUGAUGAAGGCCCCCUCAUCAUACAACACCAUACUGGGGUGGCUGACCCUCAACAACUUGAAGGUGGUAACUUCAACUUACCACCUAAUAGUGAAGUUCCCGACAGCUGUGAGAGUGGGGGAAAUCCGAGGCGAACAAGUGUUAGCACAUGAGAGUGCAGGAGUUGAAAUCGGUGAAGGGGGAGGUUCACACGAUGGAAGCUACGGGCCACGACAACGUCCCACCACCUAUUCCCCAAGUUUGCCACUAGAGAAGAAUAGGUCAGGGAUGAGCAGACCUUUAGACAAGUGGAGACAAACAAACCGCUGGAGUUAG